AUGGCUCGAUCGAAUGACUCUGAAUCGGAUGGCUCCGACAACUCAAAACCGAUGUUUCCGGCGAAUGGGGAUAGAUCAUCAAGAAGUGCUUCUAAAUCUUCACGCUCACGCAGUCGAUCAAAAUCUAAAUCUAAAUCGAAGCCGAAAUCGCCGAAGCGAGAGGUUUCUAGAAGUCCUUCUCCUCAACGACAUCGUCGUAAGCGCAGCAUAUCUCGUGAAGUCCCUGAUCGUUACGCGGAUCGCAAAAGGAAAGAGAGCAAUUCACCACCUCGAAGACGACGCUCUCGAUCAAGAAGUGGCGAUCAAAAGAGACGCUGGCCACGCGCACUCUCAAGUCGAAGCCGCUCAAACACGCCAAACGAUGAGAACGCACCAAAACGUCGCAAUAGAUCACGAUCACCAAGACCCGUUCGACGUGAAUUGAGUCCAAACUGGAAGAAAAAGGAAACAAGAUCGUUUCGAAGAAGAUCACGCAGCCGAUCGGAUGAGGAUGAAGAAGAGAAGAGAAAACGCGGUGAAUCGGAAUGGAAGAUUAAAGAGGACAAAAAAUGGAAAAGACGUCGUGAUCGUCGUGACGUGGUUUCUGAAGAAGGCGUUUUCAAUGUUUGGGCCAAAUCGCCGACUCACGGGGAAAUUCAAGAUGUCUAUCUGUUGCAAGAAGAAACGGAGCGCAUGCGUCUGGAGGAACACAAAAAGUUCGAGAAACAACAGAAAGAGCGCGAGAAAGAAAGACGAGCGAAGAUGAGAGCUGAUGGCUUCAAUGUAUCCGAGAGCGACAGUGAUGAGGAAUCUUCAAAUGAUGAAGGUAAAAAGAAAAAGAAGAAAUCAUCAAAGAAAGCGAAGAAAGAGAAAAAGGAAAAGAAAGCGAAAAAGAGGAGCAAAGCAAAGAAGAGGAGAAAUGACUCGGAUGAUGAUUCUGAGCCCGAGAAAAAGAAGAAAAAGAAGAAACGUUCGAAAAAGGAAAGCAGUGAUGAAGAAGUUCAAAAGAUCGACUCAAAUCAAUCUGAGGACGAAGUGGCCGGGCCGGCAAUUCCCGAUGAGUUUAUUCAAAGCGAGAAACAAUACAAUCUCGACAAAAUCAAUUAUGGCAAAGACAUGCUUCGUGGAGAAGCGGCAGCAAUGGCCGCUUAUGCAGCACGUGGAGAGCGAAUUCCUCGUCGAGGAGAGAUCGGAUUGAGCAGCAAUGAGAUUUCCUACUUUGAGAGGGCUGGUUAUGUCAUGUCUGGUACAAGACACAAAGCAAUGGAGGCUACACGGUUACGAAAGGAAAAUCAAGUUUUGACGGCCGAAGAGAAACGUCUGCUCAGUGGUUUUUCACAAGAACAACGCCGAAAACGUGAGGAUCAAGUGAUGGCGAAUUUCCGACAACUCAUUGAAGCCAACAAGAAA